CUGGCCGUUGAAAAAAUAGAUCACAGUGCUCCGGUUUUGCCCUCGGCCACAAAGCGAAAAUGCGGGAGAUUCUGCACAUUCAAGGAGGGCAAUGUGGGAACCAAAUUGGCUCGAAGUUCUGGGAGGUGGUUUGCGACGAGCACGGUAUCGACCCGACCGGCAGGUACGCUGGAAAUUCAGAAUUGCAGCUGGAGAGAGCGAAUGUGUAUUACAAUGAAGCAAGUGGGGGAAGGUACGUGCCGAGGGCGGUGCUGAUGGACCUCGAACCAGGAACAAUGGAUGCCGUUAGGACAGGGCCAUACGGGCAGAUUUUCCGACCAGAUAACUUCGUGUUUGGGCAAUCCGGUGCGGGCAACAAUUGGGCUAAAGGCCAUUAUACAGAAGGUGCAGAGCUUAUUGAUUCAGUGCUUGAUGUUGUCAGGAAAGAAGCUGAGAAUUGUGAUUCUCUUCAGGGGUUUCAAGUGUGUCAUUCACUUGGAGGUGGAACAGGAUCAGGAAUGGGGACUCUUCUAAUCUCCAAGAUCAGAGAAGAAUAUCCAGAUAGAAUGAUGUUGACUUUCUCAGUGUUUCCAUCUCCAAAGGUUUCAGACACUGUUGUGGAACCAUAUAAUGCUACUCUUUCAGUACAUCAAUUGGUAGAGAAUGCUGAUGAAUGUAUGGUACUUGACAAUGAAGCACUUUAUGACAUUUGUUUUAGGACCCUCAAACUCACAACCCCAAGUUUUAGGGACUUGAACCAUCUAAUUUCAGCAACAAUGAGUGGAGUUACCUGUUGUUUGAGAUUCCCUGGCCAGCUGAAUUCUGAUCUCCGAAAACUGGCAGUAAACUUAAUCCCUUUCCCUCGACUUCACUUCUUCAUGGUUGGAUUUGCACCUCUGACCUCUCGUGGAUCACAGCAGUACAGAGCACUAACAGUUCCUGAACUGACACAACAAAUGUGGGAUGCUAAGAACAUGAUGUGUGCAGCUGAUCCACGCCACGGUCGAUAUCUAACAGCAUCUGCUAUGUUUCGAGGUAAAAUGAGUACAAAAGAAGUCGACGAGCAGAUGAUGAAUGUGCAAAACAAAAACUCUUCUUAUUUUGUAGAAUGGAUUCCAAACAAUGUGAAAUCUAGUGUUUGUGACAUUCCACCUAAAGGGUUCCCAUUGGCUUCCACUUUUGUUGGAAACUCAACUUCAAUUCAGGAGAUGUUUAGAAGAGUGAGUGAGCAGUUCACAGCCAUGUUUAGAAGGAAGGCCUUCUUGCAUUGGUAUACUGGAGAGGGAAUGGAUGAGAUGGAGUUUACUGAAGCAGAAAGCAAUAUGAAUGAUCUUGUUGCUGAGUAUCAACAAUAUCAAGAUGCCACAGCUGAUGAAGACAUUGACUAUGAAGAUGAUGUUGAGGAUGUCGAAAAUUAACCAUAUGUAUGUUCAAGUUGUUUGUGAUUCUGUGUCAUACGAUCCAACGGUACUAUAUAAGUAAAUUUUUCAGUUCUGAAGUUAUGGCAGCGGGGACAAAUAGUUAUGUAGUAAUAUAGUUGUAACGUCUCAAGUUCUAGGUGUGUUUAAAUUAUUUUCUCUAAAUUAUUGGGUUUUGGAGUUAUUGAAGUCCUAUUUGUUGCAGACUGUGAUAGCAAAUCUCAUUUUCAAAUAUGAAAG